AUGCACAUUUAUGAACUGUCAGUUCGACUGGCGAGAAAGGGGUUCAAGGUCGUUGUAGUGACGCAUGCAUUGGAUGAUCGUCAUGGCAUUCGGUAUUUAAGUGAAGGCUUAAAGGUCUAUUACCUGCCAAUCACCUGUUUCCACGAUAGGAGCACGCUGUUGACGUUUUUUACCACGCUGCCUCUAAUCAGGACGAUUCUCAUAAGAGAAAAAGUAGAUAUUGUUCACGGCCACCAGACGACCAGCACAUUGGCCCAUGAGUCCAUGUUCCACGCGAGACACCUCGGUUACCGGGUGGUGUAUACGGACCACUCGAUGUUCAGCUUCGCGGAUGCAGCCUGCAUCCACAUUAACAAGAUCUUCAAAUUCUUCUUGACCCACUGUAAUCAUUGUAUUUGCGUGUCUCAUACGCACAAGGAAAAUCUCGUGCUCAGAGGAGCAUUGAAUCCUCAUCAAAUUGCCGUGAUCAACAAUGCUGUGGAUGUUCCGUCCUAUGUACCAGACGUGUCACGGCGCCCUCCGCCUCCAGCAAUCCACAUUUUGAUUCUUUGCCGGGCCAUCCCGCAUGGGCAGGCCUGUUCUUUCCUGCAGCGGGGGCAGAUCUUCUUGAAUGCGUCUCUGACCGAGUCUUUUUGUAUCGCUAUUGUUGAGGCUGCGGCUUGCGGGUUAGUGGUCGUAUCAACUGACGUCGGCGGCAUCCCUGAGGUGUUACCACCGGAUAUUGUGCUCCUCGCCCCGCCAAAUCCAGCGGCACUAACGCUGCAGCUUGAGAAGGCGAUAAAGCAAGUGGAACGAGGGGAUGUAGAUCCAUAUGCUCUCCAUCAGAGGGUUUUAGAGAUGUACUCCUGGGAAGACGUUGCUGAUCGAGUGGAAAAGGUUUAUUUUAGUGCGCUAUUUGAUCUGCCAAUGUCUGCACACCUGAAGGAGGGAAUUCCACUUUCGAACAUUCCUCUGCCUCCCAAUCCUCCGCCUCUCCCGAGUCCCCAGGACACUGUUCAGGUUUUGCGCGCGCUGAAUCGCUGUGGUCCUUUCUCCGGAAAACUCUUUUCUUUGGUGGCGAUUGUUGACUGGUGCUUGAUUCGGUUGGUGGAAUGGCUCUUCCCCAGGGAAUCCAUUGAGGAGGCCGCCUCAUUUCCCAGCGAAGUGUUGUUUUCAAUCAAAUCGAAUUUGCCUUCUAAUAAAUGGUAG